GACCACCUCGCAUCAUGCUCUGGUGACCAGCGAGCUGCGAACAUGUUACCGCACUCAGGCUGGCAUUAUGCCGGUCGUCGCGCUCUGUACGGGUCAACAAGGAUCGGGUCCCUACCAGCAACAUGGCGGCCAUCACACAUAGGCUUGCAAAGGCCAUGCAUCAAUUCAAUUAGACACGUCACUGGCCUGCAAGCUGGUGAGGACAAAACGGGUCACAUUAGCGCUGGGCCGAAUGAGGGCAUUCUCUUCUUCAACAAUGUCUUUCCUAUUCAGAUGCGCAAGAUACUCGGGCUUCCUCUGCCACGCAUCCUGGACAAACUGAUGAGCCCCACCAGCUCCGGCACAGACCCCAAGGCUGUUCUUGAGAGAGCAAGUACCAAGCGAAAUCUGCACAUUACCGGGGCUGAAGUGCUGCCUCGCAUGAGAGAAGGGGGAGCGUUUGUCAAGUUCGCUCACGAUGGAAAUGCGUCGACAUCUGAGAUUCAAGAAGCCCUGCAGCAGUACCUGAAAGAUCAACCUGUGAAGCCGUGGUGGAGCCCGUGGAAGCAAGUGCAAGCAAAGGCGGUCAAGGGAAGACCAUGGGUGGAAGAUCUGAUGCGUCUGCCUGCUUCCCGUCUACGCGUUGAGUUUGUCUCCGGUGAGCCGGGAGCACCUCCUACCGAAGCAGUCGAGUUGAGCCAAGAACAGCUCUUCCAGUUCUUCCGGCCCUACGGAAAGCUAAGCGACAUUGUCAUGCAGCCUCCAGACUCCAAGGUUCUUCCAAAGUUUGCCUAUCUCGACUAUGCUACUAUUGGCAAAGCCAUCAUGGCGAGAAAUUGUAUGCAUGGGUAUCUGGUUUCGGAGGCCGAGGGCGGCGGCAAGAAAGGCACGGUUCUGAGACUCAAGUAUGAGCAGAAGAUCAAACCUCGCUAUGUCAGAGACUGGAUCUUCAAUCAUCCUCGUAUCGUCAUUCCUAUUCUGGCUGCUCUCAUCGCGGGUUUUGUUGCUGUUGUAUUUGACCCAAUCCGAACAUUCUUCGUCAAGGCUCAUAUCACACGCAACUUUCAUAUUCAAGACAACGUAUGGUAUCAGUGGAUCAAAGGCUACGCUACAGACAUCAUCGGCGGAAACAAGAAGCAUGACGACGACGACGGCAUGGAGGCUAUCUGGGAUGACCGAAAGGCAGAUAUCGAACAGAUUCAGACGUGGCUAAUGGAAACUGCGGACACUUUCAUCAUCGUACAAGGCCCCCGUGGCUCGGGCAAACGCGAGCUAGUGGUGGACCAGGCGCUACAGCACAAGAGACUCAAGCUGGUAAUUGACUGCAAACCGAUUCAAGAAGCUCGGGGCGAGAGUGCGACCAUCAAUGCGGCUGCUGCGUCGGUUGGCUAUAGGCCCGUCUUCAGCUGGAUGAACAGCAUCAGUGGUAUGAUCGAUAUGGCUGCGCAAGGUGCCACAGGCGUUAAGACGGGCUUCUCCGAAACUCUCGACUCUCAGCUCAGCAAAAUCUGGAACACGACAACCUUGGCUCUCAGGCAGAUUGCUCUGGACAACCGACACAAGGACGACAAAGACGCACAUUGGAGAGAUGACGAGUGGCUCGAGGAACACCCGGAACACCGUCCUGUCGUGGUCAUUGAUAACUUCCUGCACAAGAGCCAAGAAGGCAGUAUCGUUUACGACAAGAUCGCCGAAUGGGCUGCGCGCCUCGCGACUACGAAUGUCGCGCAUGUCAUCUUCCUCACAAACGAUGUUGCUUACAGCAAGUCUCUGUCUAAAGCUAUGCCCGACCGAAUGUUCCGCCAGAUCUCACUCUCAGACUGUAGUCGAGAGGUAGCGAAGCGGUUUGUGAUUUCGUACCUUGAUGCGGAUGUCGAAGACGAGCCUGCGCCAAAGGACGGCUCGCCCAAGCAACUGCCGUCGAAGUUUCGCACUGACCUUGGAGAACUCGAUACCUGCAUUGACUUGCUAGGCGGUCGGCUCACUGAUCUCGAGUUCUUGUCACGGCGCAUCAAGACUGGCGAGACACCCACGAAAGCCGUGCACGAAAUCAUUGACCAGUCUGCUUCGGAGAUUCUCAAAAUGUACAUCUUUGGCGCGGAAGACGAAGACGGGAACCGUCUCUGGCACGCUGAGCAAGCCUGGUUCCUUAUCAAGGAGCUCGCGCAGAAGGAGUCUCUGCGAUACAAUGAGAUUAUCAUUGACGACAUGCUCAAGGCAGGCGGCGAAUCGGUUCUCCAGGCCCUGGAACAGGCAGAGCUUAUUUCGAUUGUAUCCGGCGCAAACGGCAGACCGUCGAUGAUCAAGCCCGGCAAGCCCGUGUACCACCCUGCAUUCAAGCGCUUGACCGAGGACAAGGUGCUCAAGAGCCGCCUAGACUUGGCUAUCCUGACGCAUCUGACCAAGGUUGAGAAUGCAACGAUUGAAAAGUGCGAAAACGAGUUGUUGCUGCUGAGCCAGCUGAGGAGCCAGCCAGCUCAGACUACGGGCAGAGUGAACUACUUGUUGGCCAAAUUGAUGGCCAGCCAGGGCAAGGUGGAGAAGUACGAGGUGGAGAUGAAGGGGCUGAAGAAGGUGCUUGGCAGCGAGUACUAGGUGGUGGUGGACAGGUUGCGCAUACAUGUAUAUAGUGAUACGACUCCUUUCUGGCCAUGC